AUGGGCGAUAAGCGCAAGCUCGUGCAGGAUGAGGUGGUCGAGCCUGAGGGCAAGAAGAUGAAGAAGGAGAAGAAAGACAAGAAAGACAAGAAGGAGAAGAAGGAGAAGCGCAAGGUGCAGGAGGAGUCCGAGGUUGUCGCUCCCGCCGAAACUGCUGCCCCGGCACAGGAAGAGGUGAAGGAGAAGAAGGAAAAAAAAGACAAGAAGGACAAGAAGGACAAGAAGGACAAGUCCGAGAAGAAGGAGAAAUCCGACAAGAAGGAGAAGUCUGACAAGAAGGAAAAGCGCAAGGCCGAGGAACCCGCCGCCGAGCCUGCUGCUCCCUCCGAGGACGCUAUGGAUAUUGACGUGACCCCUGCCGAGAAGGAGGACGCCGAUAAGAAGGAGAAGAAGGACAAGAAGAAGGCGAAGAAGGCGAAGAAGGAGAAGACCGAGCCCGUGGUUGAGGCCAAAGAAGAGCCCGCCGCUGAAUCCGCGGAGGCCGAGCAGGCCCAGAAGAGCUCCCGCUUUAUCUGCUUUGUUGGCAACCUUCCCUACUCCGCCAACCAUGAGUCUUUGAGCAAGCACUUCGAGAAGAACCCCCCGGCCACAAUCCGCGUCGCAACCAAGAAAGAAGACCCCAAGAAGUGCCGCGGCUUCGCAUUCAUUGAGUUUGACAACUAUGACCGCAUGAAGACCUGCCUCAAGUUGUACCACCACUCCACCUUCGACGACGGAAAGUACCCACCCCGACGCAUGAACGUCGAGCUGACUGCUGGCGGCGGCGGCGCCAAGUCUGAACAUCGCAAUGCCAAGAUCCAGGCCAAGAACGAGAAGCUCAACGAGGAGCGCCAGCGCCAGGCUAAGGAUAUCCAGAAGGACAAGAAGAAGCACGAGAAGAAGGCUGCCCCGGCUGGCGGCUCUGGUGCCAAUGCUGCUGGCUUGGAUGGCGCGGCUGAUAAUGCUGUCAGCGCUGACAACGAUCAGUGGGCUGGUUUGCACCCUAGCCGCAGAGGCCGUGUUUAA